CAGUGUUGUGGCCGCAAGCGAGGACGAUUUAUGGCAACCUGCUGGAGUCCCUCAAGAACAACGGAUUGGGAGGGAGUGAGGGGAGUGGGGAACCGCCCACUCCCCCCCACACACCCCAGCGAGAGAACGCCCACAUAGUGUCUAAUGAAGGGUGUGCCAGCCGCCCACCCUUGCCCCCACUAGACCCUCUUCAUCAGCAGGCACUACAGGCCAGAAUGCUGGGUGGCAGCAACUUCUCGACGCUAUUGACGUUGGCGGCGCUGCAGGAGGGUAAGGGACACUGUGUGCCUCUACCACCAACCCUGGAAGCCCACAAGAGCAUGUCCACCACACCCACCACCUCCACCUCCACGACAGUGACUCCUGGGCUGGCAGGACUGUCCUUAGGAUCGGGGGGCGCCACUUCUUCACCCCUGAUGGGAGUGAGGGAAGCCCUAGUCAAGCCUCAGGUGGACUACUCUCGAUACGUGAAGCCCUUCAGCUCUGCUCUUGAGUGUGGACACCUUCCCUGCCGAGAACACAACCUUAGAGAACACUUCCACUGCCUAGAAUGUAACUCGAAGGUGUUCAGCAAGAAGGAGGAGAUGAUCCGACACUUCAAGUGGCACAAGAAGCGUGAUGAGAGUCUACAACACGGCUUUAUGCGCUACUCCCCUUCUGACGACUGUUCCGACCGCUUCUCCAAUUGCUCACACAACCGCAAGCAGACACACUACCACUGUCUCAAAGAGAGCUGCGACAAGGUAUACAUAAGCACAUCCGAUGUCCAGAUGCAUGCUAACUACCACCGCAAGGACUCGGCCAUCAUGCAGGAGGGAUUCCAGAGGUUCCGCGCCUCGGAGGACUGUGGGCAGGCCGGCUGUUCCUUCAGCGGCCAAAGGACAACACAUUUCCACUGUAUGAGGAUCGCCUGCAACUACACCUUCAAGAAUAAGGCUGACAUGGAGAAGCACAAGACCUACCACAUUAAGGACGAACAACUGACCAAGGACGGGUUCAAGAAGUUCAUGAAGCAGGAGGAGUGUCCGUACGAGGGGUGUAAGUUCUCGCGGGUCGUCAACCACAUCCACUGUAUCCGCCCCGAAUGUAACUACGUCCUUCACUCCUCCGGCCAGAUAUUUGCUCACAAGGUGCACUUCAACACUCUGCUCUUACACCUGAGGAAGCACGAGCGUCAGGACCACGAGCGAGCCUACCGCAAGUACAAGCUGGCGCAAACUAUGCUAGGCGUACCAGAGGGCCACCCCGCCCUUGCACCCCUCCUUCACGAGGCGCUACGCCCUCUUGGUACUCUAGGGGGGCACAUGGUCAACCCUUUGGUAGGCCCCUUAGGGGGGCCCCUAAGUGGUCCUAUGUGCCCUGGUGACCAAAGAAGUGAGGACUCUUCCUCCCCACUGGGCCCCGGCCCCGGCACGCCCACUGCCCUCCCACCAGGACUCCAACGACCUCCUGGUUUACUAAUGGGCGGUUUCCCCCCUCCUGGACUGGCCGAGGCUCAACACCCCCUCGCCCGCCUCCUGGGUGUGGCACCCCCUGCCGCCCACGGGUUCUUCCACGGCGGCUCGGCCACAAGCUCAGCCUCCACGCCCGCAUCGUCGUCGUCAGGGCCGGCGUCACCGGUGGACCUGAGCAUUAGCAUGGGCUCGAGCGACGACCGUGAGUGGGAGCGAUGGGUGAGGUGCCACGGGCGGGACGACGCUUGCCGCGCCGGCUGUGACCUGGCGGGAAUGGAGCACUGGCACUGCGACGAUUGUGAGACGGUGUUCCGCGGGCGUGAGAGUGCGCGCGAUCACGGUCGCGCUCACGAGCAGCAAACAUUGAUCACGGACGAACAUUACUCUAAGGUCACGAGCUCAGAGGACCCUCGUCCGUGUCCCCCAGACUGUCCCAUCCAGGAUCACGCAGACCACUACCACUGCAACUGGGAGGGUUGUGGCGAGGCAAUCCUGGCGUCAGGGGACAAGCCCUUCCGUCGCCUCGAGCACUUCAGGAUGCACGACUACGCGCGACGCCUAGCCCUAGCGACCUCCCCCGGCGCCGGUGGACCUAUAGGCGUCGCGGCUGUCACAUCCGUCGAUGCUAUGUUCAAGCGUAAGCGCGGACGACCGCCAAAGAACAGGGUUAUCGAGGUGUGGAAUGACUACCUACCUGUUUCGAGCGUCCAUGACACCCCACAGGCGAUAUUCACUAGUUUCAAGUUACCUAAGAGCUCGCCACCGCCACACGGGCACCUGGGGAUGACCUUGGGUCCCCACCCGAUGACGCCCCUGGGUCAUCUGGCUCACCUAGGACGUGACACCUCCCCACCGAGACUGACCAUCCCGUGCAGUACGAACAACAACAUCUGCAGCGCCACCAUCACCGCCACAGCCCAGCAGUCCGUCACCCCUGGCAGCAUCCAACCUAUCCUCCUGCCUCUCACAGGGCCGCUCCUCUCCAAUCCGCUCCAACCACAAGCGGAGAUAGUUGAAGGAUUCUACCCGUGGGGUGAGGGUGUGCCUUGCCCUGACCAGCUGUGUCCACUGCUGGGCCGUCGACACUAUCACUGCGCCCACCCCCGCUGCCUCUACGUCACCGCCCACACUGACGUUCUACCCCUCCACUCCCACGACUUCCACGAGAACACGCCCAUCCCUGAGGGCUUUAUCGCCAUCGACAGGAAUAUAGACUGCCGCUCACCUAACUGUCAAAGCAACAAGGUCAACAAACAUUUCCACUGCACUCGCUGUGGUUUCUCCUUCGUGCGCUACCAGACGCUUGAGUCCCAUGCGGAAAAGCACCAGCAGGAAGAUGGGGCAGCCCCCACACACAGCCUUGGCCCUCAGUCGCCCAUUUAUCUGAAGAAGCCGCGUCCGGAUAGCCCCAUGGAUGCGCCCUCGGCUGUCGGAGACAGAGAGUCGCCCAGCAAGGCACAAGAUCUCUCCCCACCAGUGGUCAAGUCUUCAGGGAUAUUCUACCCCCUGUCGCCGUUCCCUACGUCCACUCCAGCCAACCUCCGAGCUUCCUCCAACAACCGGGGUGAGGCAGGUGCUCUCGUCACACCCAUUCCACCAUCAUCGCGUCCACAAAACUCCACUACCUUCACUUUGCCUGUCUCGGGAAGCCUCACCAUCACGGCCACUCGUCGCUCGCCAAUACUCCAUCAAGGCAUGCACUCACCCAUCCGAGAUCGCAUGGAUCACACAGAGUCGGAGGACCGUAAUGAAUUUGACUCUGAUCAAACUCGUACAUUGAAUCAGCAUGGAGACUCAUACCCUGCUCGGAUCCUUCAGACCCUUAAACGUGAGCAAGAGCCACUAACAACAGCUCCUCUAGGUUCCGAGUGGCUCAGCCCAGAGCGUCAUCCACAGUAUGGCCCAGAAUUUUCUUGUGGCCGACCUUUCUGUAAACUGAAAAAGAAGGAACACUUUCAUUGCCAAAUUUGCAACCAAGCUUUUAGUGAACAUGAAAAACUAAGACCACAUCUUAUUAAACAUGCAACUUGUAGCUCCAUGAACUCUGGUGGUUUUGGUGUGACAGGUGAAGAGGACACAGAUGUUUAUCCUGAUCAAGAAGAGGAGGAAGAGGGGAAUCUCCAACCAAAAAUUGAGAACAAUGACCGUCCCAAUAGCCCAAGAAGUCCUCAUGAAUGUAGUACUAGUAGCCUCGGGAUAACGACACAGAGUAUCUCCACCAGUAGCCCAAGACCGCUCAGUUGUAGUGGCAUCAGCCUUAGUGGACCCCAAACUACGGCACCAUUCCCAAUGGUAUAUACUCAGGCAGCCACUUUCCCUGGACUACCAAGUCCCUUUGGGCCACAUCUGGGCAUGGCAGGAAUAUUCCCAGGAUCUCUACCCCGUCUUUUACCGCCAGCUGCCUGGCAAGUCCACCCAGCACUGGCGGCCAUGGCCCAGCAAGGUCUAAUAAUGCCCGGGGUUCGUCCCAAUGGGGAUUUGACUCAUGGAUCACCUGGACCAGGAGGUUUGCAAUGUGUAGGUCCAGGGAUGGGUGGCCCAGGCAUGCCUGGCUCAGGUGGAGACCACAACCCUUUGUUGCCCUCCUCUCUGGGAACCUCACCUCAUCUGGCCAUGUUAGGCAAGAGGCUAGGUGCUGAAGACUUCAACUCUCAGGAGGCCAAGAAGAUCCGCUCUAAUCACUCUAUACGUUUGCUCAAAGAUGAGCCUGUGCCCGAAGGUUACAUACGCUUUAGGUUCAACGAGGAUUGUCAGUAUCCUCAUUGUGGGUAUAGAGAACACCAGACACACUUUCACUGCAUGAGGAAGGACUGUGGUUACUCCUUCUGUGACAAGACACGCUUUGUGCAACACACAGCACGCCAUGAACGGCUUGAUACCCUCAUGGGUGGCGACUUCAAUCAAUUCCGCUCCAAUGUUGCCUGCGGGCGCCCUGACUGCGUCUAUGCCUCAAUGAUAGGCCAACAGCAGAACAAGGCGUCACAUUUCCACUGCCUCAAGUGUGACUUCGUGUGCACAGACACCAACAAGGUGGUGGCGCACCGCAGGCAACAUCAGAAGCGAGACUCUAUCAAUGCCGCGGGAUUCGAAAAGUUUACACCAUCCCAGCCGUGUGGCAUCCAGGGCUGCAACCAUAACCAGAAGCAAACACAUUACCACUGUCUCAAGUGCCAGUACUCGGUCCUGGGCCUCAGCCAGAUGUCCGCACACAGGUUCCGACACCUCGAAUGAAGUUUCUUUGGGGAGUAAUCUGCGGAGAGGCUCCCCGGCGCCCCUAUCUGAGGGCGCAGGAACAAGACCAACACUUUAGGACUGUGAAUUAAUCCCCACCCAAGCUACCCUGAGAAGUAGCGGUGGACUGGUGAAUACGGUCUUGAGUGGGCACGUUUUAGAGCCCACGUGUUGAACUUGUGUGAGCUACACAGUGUAGCUUUGUAAAAUAGCAUAAGUGUUAUCGUUAGCCUUACAUAUCAUUGUAACAUACCAAGUGGUGUAGUUGUUAUUCUUUCUACUGUACCUUGUAUCCAGUUUUUUGCUAGACAAAUGGAAUUUGUACGAGUGAGCAUUCAUGAUGAAUGAUACAAAAGUUGAAAACUCUUGUGUACCAUAGAGAGAAGUGGGAAGACUAUACAUAGUGUAUACGGUGUCGUGGUUGUACCAGUGAGCCUUAUAGUCAUGGGCAAGUGGUGGGGCGUGGCUGGGCCGGGCCACAUCUGCCACUGGUCACCACCGCUGUGGCCCACCACAGCCCACUGCCUGUUGCCCACUACUCGUGGACUAUUAACUGUGUUACUUUGUUGGUUAGUAAAAACCAAUAUACUAUUGACUAAUAUUCCUGAAUGUUUGUGAUGUAUUUGGUAUUCAAUACCGAGAAAAAGAAGCCUCAGACCUGUAUGAAACCCGAGUGCCUUGUUGAAGGUUAAACAACAGUGUCUUUGCGAUAGUGUCUUACUGUAGGCUGGUGUGGUGUAGUUUGUGGGGUGGAGAUGUGCAGGUGCCACGCCCGGCCACUGUGCACCCAUGCAGGUGCCAUACUCGGUCACCAUGCUCCCAAAUAGGUGCCACGCCUAGCCACCACGCAAUUGUGCAGGUGCCAUGCCCGGCCACCGCCCGUGCCUUCCUGUGACCCAUGCCACCACCACCACCACCACCCUACUUGUGCACUCCUACGCCCCAACACACAUAGCUUUGCUGAAUAUAAUUUUAUACUAUUUAUUUUUUAGUGUUACCAAAUAUUAGUGCCAAGUAUUCCGUACUCAUUCAGUUAUUUCCUGUAGUGCCAAACCAUUUCUAUAUUUUUUGUUUGAUUUUAAUUUGGUGGCAAAGAAUGUGCCAAUAUUAAUACUAUUUUUUGUGUUUUAGGAAUUCUUAUGAUAUAUAGCACCGACUCGUGCAUUCUGCAUUGCAUAUUCAAGCCACGGUGUAGACAUGCUAGUGGAAAAUAGCAGCAUGAGAAUGGUUAAAGGCAUGAUGUUCGUGGGUCAGCACCACGCUAGUGCCUCGCCUGCCUCACCCCCACCUUAGUUCUCACCUGUAAGCUUGGACAGGGGUGAGGCAGGAUGCUGGGGCCCCAAGAGCCGUGUGUGGCCCUGGGGAGCCUGCUUGAUCCAGGAGGUAGUCCAGGGUAGUUUAAGGACCUCCUCAGCGAGAAGGUAGGCCAUCAGGCCUCUAAGCAGUAGAGUGUCUUGUUUGCUGUGAUGUAGACAUGUAGUAUUAGGAAGUUAUGACCAACGGUAGCCAGUGUGAGACACGAGACGGCCGGUAGUGCCCGUCCCCUUCAGCUUUACUACUUCAUAUAAUUCUGCUGAGCUGUUAUUUGUAUUAUUCACACACUUUCCCUGCUUGCACCUCUUUUUCAUGUUAUAUGAUGUAUGUGUGUGGUGAGUGGGGCGGGUAUUGUGGUGACGGGGAAGUGGCCAGCGUGAGCCCCCGCCCAUCAGCCACUUGCUUCUCACUCUGGUAGGUGCACCGCCUGCUACCCUCAGUUUCAGCUCACUCAGCACUGCUGAUGCAUUUAUGUACAGUUCUAUUUAUUACGGUGGGGGUCCCAGAUGUGGCGCCAACCCUCAUGGUAAUGCUCUGCUCUUGUGACCCUCUAGUGCUUGUCUUCUCAGCCACUGAGACAGUGAUUGAACUAAGAUUUUGAUUUAAUGUAGGUGAUCAAUAGCAGUGGCAUUGUUCUGCGGGGCAGUAUGAAUCAGUCUGGCACUCCUUCAGUGUAGUUUGUUGUCCCCUAACCCCCCUCCCUCCAGUGCCCUGAUCUUCAGAGCCCUGGCAUCGACCCCCUGAGGUCUGGUACCGAUCCUUGGCGCCCUGGUAGUGUUGGAUUGGUGGAUGGCAUCUCCCCAGUAGGCUAGAAGGCCACCCUUUGGUCACCACUUUGGUUAAAGGUGGUUGAUAUUGUAGGGGAUGUAGGAGGGAGGAUGGGAGAGUUAGUUGGUGGGAGGGGGGGAGGAGGGCCACAAUGUAGGACGGGUGGAAGGGAGUGUUGGUCUGGGCACCGCGGCCACAUACUGGGGCCGCCCACCCCCAACACCAUCCUGGCAACUUACUCAAAUAAAGUGAUACAUUGAA